CCUUUGUCGGGCUCCGGCCCCGCCCCGACAGGUGUAUUUUCUGGCGCAUGCGCUUUGUGUGUCCGCCAGCCGCCGCUCGCACUUCACCUCCCAGCCCCUUUGGCCGAGAUGGCGAAGGCUGGCUCCCGGGGCCACGUUUGUCUCCGAUGGAUGCGACGCGGAUGCUGGGUGCUGGCCUACCUCGGGGCUGUAGGCGUGGCGGAUUUCUUGCUCCUCCUCUCCAGGCCUGGCACCAGUUUAUUUUCUUGGCACCCUUUCUUCAUGUCAAUAGCAUUCUGCCUCUGCCUGACUGAAGCCAUCCUGAUCUUUUCACCAGACAGCUCAUUGUUCCUCUUCUGCUGUUGCUUCCGCAAAGUGAACACACAACUGCACUGGACUCUUCCGACGCUGGCACUUGUGGUUGCAGCAUUGGGCUUGGCCUUCAUUGUCUCCAGCAAGAACCGAAGUGAACUCUCACACUUUGUCUCCUGGCACAGCAUUGUCGGUCUCCUGACCUUUGUGGCUGCAUGUGGGCAUAUUUUGUGUGGACUUUGCCUACGUUUUCCACACCUCCUGAGGAUGUCAUUUAUAUCUCCGCUCCGACAGUAUCACCUUAUGUGUGGACUGAUAGUUUACCUUCUUGCCACAUUCACUGUGGUACUAGCCAUCUGUUCUGAUUGGGUUCAGGCUCAGAUUAAAGGACUUGUUUGGUAUUUAUCCAUGGGGCUCCUCUUCUGCCCAGCCUUGGUGAUUGUGAACCAGGUCGCCAGAACUCAUUUGCCAAAGAAGGGACAAUGCAUCUAAAUCUCAGAA